AAUAUCUGGAUUUAGGUUGGAAAAAGACAGAAACGGCAUCCUAAGGAGGUGUUAUGAUUCACCUAAAUGGAACUUGGGCCCAAUCUAACCAAGAUGAGGACCACAGAUCUGAGUUACUCUGUCUGAAGAUUAAAGACAAGUUGGAGGAGAUGUUCUCUGACUGUCACCUGGCUGAGGACGGUUUCCUGCUCAAACACAUUCAGAGGAACAAGCAGGGUUUCGUCAGUUUAAAGCUUCUCACUUGUCUGAAAAAGAUAAGAUUGCUGACCACUAACUGGUACAUGACUCUGGCUGCCGUGGAGUACUCAGACAUUCUGGAGUUAAACGACGACUGUACCAAAGUCCGACGCAAAGAGCCUCUUCCUCAGUGGCUGAUGUGCUCCCCCACCAGCCGGUUCGUUCUCGUCCGGGACACCACCAGGGAGCAGGACAGGGUAGAGGCUGCAAACUCAGAGCAGCCUUCACUCUUAAUGAGCAUCCUCCAGAGGUUUGAUGCUAUACGUGACCUUGCUUCAGUCUGGAUCCUGAAUCCUGGAGAGGAGCUUCCCAAAGAGCUGCAAUGCUACGCCAAACAUCACAAAGAGCUUGGACAGCUUCUGUGUGCAGUGAUAAAGUUUAAUAGUUUGGGGUCUGUUCGUAGGGCCUUCAGCUCUCUCAGAGAGGAGAAGAAGAUCGACAAGAGGGGCUUGUUUGUUGUGUCUUUAGGAUGGCAGUCAAUGCAGAGCAUCGGCAAGUUUAAACCAUGGGAGAAAAACAAAGGUGAAGGCGCAUAUUUUGUGGGAGAUGCUCUGGAAGUCUGCCAGGUUUUAGCCCAGAAGCCUCCUCCUUCACCGCUCAAGUUUUCUGAAGAAAAUCCAGAAGCUAAUCUUCCUCAAGCAUGCCAGGAUAACUCCAGCUGCAGUGGGAAGUCAUUGCAUGGAUUUACUAAAAGGUACAGCUGGACAAACGGCUGCUCCGGAGACCGUAAUACACAGAUUUCUCUGUGCCCCUGGGUACUGAAGCGCAAAGCUGCAGUAAAGCCAGAGACAUCUGAGCACCUGAAGCCAACUGCCUUAAAACUAAUAGUCCUACGUCAGCCCUUUGGCCCCGAUGGUACCAAGGGCUUCCAAGCCAGAAGGCAACAAUACGACUUGCUUGGAGAGAAGAGCUUCAGUGAAGACCUGAAGCAAGACUAAGCAAAGGGAAAAUAGCCUGAAGCUGUGACAAGAAGACAA